CGGGAUACAUUAACCCAGCCUCACUUCCCUCAAUCUGCGUGUUGAUAUUCUCUCGACCUCAUUCUGUCUUGCAUCUUUUUAAUACUUAGUAAACCCAGGAAAUCUAUAUUCCACCUGCCUCUCCGGCUCUAAUACUGCUCUCCCUCUCACCUGCGAGAUCUGCUCGCCACACCCCACACAUCUUCAGCAACCAAUCACUAAAGAAACUACAAGCCAUAAACCGCCAAAAUGAUCAUCACGGAUAUCGUCUCCAUGAUCCUCCGCGUGGCGGAGCUGGUCUUUGCCGCCAUCGUUACCGGUCUCACGGGUCAGUUCCUGCACCAGAGGGACAACGCCUCGGCAUGGGACAAUGGCCGCCACAUCUACACCAUCACCGUCUCGGCCAUCUCCAUGCUGCUGGCCAUCCUCUGGCUCUUGCCCUUUAGCGGCAGCUUCGUUCACUGGCCUGUUGACUUUGUCAUCAGCGUCAUGUGGUUUGCCGCCUUUGGUCUGCUUGUUGACUGGCUCGAUGGCGGUUGCGGCGACGUCUUCAACUGGUCCGGCAUCAGGAUCCGCGGCGAGGACUUUUGCGCCAAGCAAAAGGCCGUCGUCGCUUUUGCCUUCCUCUCGGCCAUCUGCUGGCUCGCUUCGGCCAUUGUCGGCGCCAUCUGGGUCCGCAGGCGUGAGAGGCGUGCCGCUGCCCACACCACCCACCGCCGCCGUUGGUACCGCAGCCGUGUCUAAGGGGAGGGUCUGUUCUGAUGCCAACCACAGACAUGACUUGAACCCUUCCAAGACCCGGGCGCCCCUUCUCCCGUGCUGAAGGCAUGGACUAAUAAACCCACUACUUGGUCGGGCAGGCCCUUGUUGUCUCUGCAAAAUCUUCUCUUACACUGAAUAUGUCUUAUCACUCACGACAGUACAUGCGUUGUAUUAUACAAUGGUUUUCAAUGUUUUUCUGAUACCUCCUCAGUAUCCCUAUACCCCCAAGAUACCAAUUUCUUUUAUUUGGAAGCCUUGUUCAUCAGCCUAAGAUGGAGUUUUGGGCAUCGUUUGUCAAAUAUCUCAUAGAUGAAUCAAAUCAACUCGUACCAC